CCGCCCAUUAUCUGGUUUCAAUUUCUUUCAGACCACCAAAUGUACCUGAGUUCAGGUGUGGCUGUUGUGUGGGCAGACGGUUGACUACUUGUCUUGAGAUUUGUAACAGUUUUCCACUUAGCUUGGAAAGAAAACAAAAGAGGUUAAAGACAACUCCCAAACUAGAUAACGUUCACCUAACGGAGUAUCUUCAGACCGCGAUGAUCAUUUUUAUUUUCCUCGGGCUCCUUCUACACAGGGCAGAAUCACAGUUCAUAGCCUCCACCACCACCCCACUCCUCAAAGUCAAGGAGAACGAGGGUGCUGAUCUGAAGUGCACUUACACAAGCGACUUCAACCCGAAUCCCAGAGUUGAAUGGAGCUUGAAAAAAAUUCAGGGCUCCUCAUUUUAUGUCUAUUAUGAUGGCCAACCAACAGACCCAUACCAAGGCAGAGUGACACAGUAUACUGGAGGCCUAAGAUUCAACAGUGUGACCAGGGAUGACAUUGGAUUAUAUGUCUGUACAGUAGCUGGAAAUGGCCAUUCUGCCGAGGCCAAAAUCAAUUUGGUUGUUUUAGUUCCUCCAUCAGUUCCGUUCUGUAGCAUCCCUGCAUCUGUACAAACUAGUAGCCAAGUCACUCUCUCAUGCUUCGACAAGGAUGCCUCACCGCCAGCCACUUACAAGUGGUACAAAAAUGGCGAACCCCUUCCUGAGGACCCAAGCAAGUUUACGGCCUACAAGAACAUGACUUACAAGAUUGACAUCAAUAAAGGCACUUUGGAGUUCCCUGCGGUGGCCCAUGCUGAUAAUGGCGAUUACUACUGCGAGGCCAGUAAUGAAGCUGGGCCCUCCAAGAGCUGCCAGGCAGUUCAGAUGAUCCCAUAUGAUCUAAACGUAGGUGGAAUUGUUGCUGGGGUUAUCUUUGCAUUGCUCGCAGUUUGUGUACUCGUGUUUGGGCUGUGGUUUGCUUAUCGCAAAGGAUACAUACCAAAAAUGUCUGAAAGGUAUGUAUGA